ACAGAAUGGCCUACUAAAACAACCCGGAAGUAGCUGAAAAUAAGACCUGGAAAUCCCGGAAGUACUUGUGUCUCCACGCUAAUCGAAAUCGUUGGCGCUACGCAGGCGACGUGAGGACUACUACUUGAACGAAAUAUCAGCAAUCAUGAGUCUCUUAACUAAACCCAAGUCCGAAAUGACUCCUGAGGAGCUCCAGAAACGUGAAGAGGAGGAAUUCAACACGGGCCCUCUGUCUGUGCUCACUCAGUCGGUCAAGAACAACACACAAGUCCUCAUUAACUGCCGGAACAAUAAGAAGCUCCUUGGGAGAGUCAAGGCUUUUGACAGGCACUGUAACAUGGUUUUGGAGAAUGUGAAGGAGAUGUGGACGGAGGUUCCCAAGAGUGGCAAAGGAAAGAAGAAGUCCAAGCCUGUGAAUAAGGAUCGCUACAUCUCCAAAAUGUUUCUUAGGGGGGAUUCGGUCAUUGUUGUGCUGAGAAAUCCUCUCAUCACAGGAAAAUGAACUGUUCAGUAGAUCAAGCUGCAGGGUCUGUCGUUUUUGUUUUGUUUUUUUAUAUAUUUUGAUUUUGUUGUUUGAUUUGUCAGUACCCCAAGCAAACUGCUUUGAUUUGCCUACAGAUAGCUUCUGUAUUUUUCAUUUUAAUAAAAAAAACAUUGAUUCAUA